UUUUUAGUUCAGUUGCGUGAGAACUUUACAAUGCAAAUGUUGCAGCAAGUCAGACUAAUUAAUCGUUCAUUGGGAACAUGUAAGCGGAUUCAGUUGCGUUCGAUUACGCAGCUAAACGUCAAAGGUUCUGAAGAAAAUCACGAAGAAGUCUUUUCCCAAGAAUGGCUAAAUGCAAAACCAACAACUGCAAUACCCGGACCAUCUGUUUUCGGCAUGAUUCGAGGAUUUAUGCCAGGUGGUGAAUAUUACAAGAUGUCAUUGAAUGACUUUACAGCGGCUGGAAGGAAAAAGUAUGGUGACAUUUUCAAGGUUCCAUCUAUGUUUGGCAAGCCGAGUAUGCUGAUGUGUUUCAAUCCAGACGAUUUUCCGGUAUUUCUACAUUCCGAAGGCGUAUGGCCUAACCGUGUCGGAAUUGCUACAAUGAAUUACCAUAGAACGGUUCAUCGAAAGGAUGAUUACGGAGAUGUCAUCGGGAUUCUUGGAUCAAACGGUGAAACUUGGGGUAAAAUACGCAGCUCUGUCAAUCCGAUUUUAAUGAAGUCUCAAAACUCCCGAUUGUAUCUUGGUAAGAUGCAAGAAGUCAGCAGUGAAUUUAUUGAGAGAAUUCGUGACAUCCGAGAUCCAAGAACCAUGGAGGUACCAGGGACAUUCUUCGACGAAAUCAAUCGUCUUACAUUCGAGUCCGUUGCUGUAGUUGCACUUAAUAAACAAGUCGGGCUUAUACGAAAGAAUCGCGAUAACGAAGAAGCCGUGAAGAUUUUCGACAGUCUUCGCAAUAUUUUCGAUCUAACUUUGGACCUUGAUAUGAAUCCUUCUCUUUGGAGAUUUAUCAGGACACCAAAAUUUGUAAAAAUGAUGAAAAGCUAUGAUACUCUUCACGAUAUCAUUAUGAAGCAUGUCAAUGAGGCAUUAGAGAGAAUUGAGAGUGAGAAAUCUUCGUCAAACGACAACGAUGAGAAGAGCGUUUUGGAGAAGCUUUUGAAGGUCGAUAGGAAGGUUGCUAUUGUGAUGGCCAUAGAUAUGCUUAUGGCUGGAGUUGACACCACUUCAAGCACCAUAGCUGGAAAUCUUCUUUGUCUAGCCAAGAAUCCAGACAAACAGAAAUCUUCGUCAAACGACAACGAUGAGAAGAGCGUUUUGGAGAAGCUUUUGAAGGUCGAUAGGAAGGUUGCUAUUGUGAUGGCCAUAGAUAUGCUUAUGGCUGGAGUUGACACCACUUCAAGCACCAUAGCGAGAAGAAAUUCCAUGAAGAGUCUUCCUUAUCUGAGGGCAUGUUUGAAAGAAGGCAUGCGCAUUUAUCCCGUCUCACCGGGCUUUCCACGAUCAGCUGGCGAUAAUAUCGUUUUGAGUGGAUAUCGAGUGCCGAAGAAUCAACAUGUCUUAUUGAACAGUAAUGUGGUGAUGUUGGAAGAUCAAUAUGUUCCAAAUGCUAAGCAUUACCUUCCCGAGAGAUGGCUUCGAAAUGAGAAAUCCACCAAAGGCCAAAUAAAUCCCUUCAUGUUUAUACCUUUUGGAUUUGGGCCCAGAAGUUGUGUGGGUAAGCGAAUUGUUGAAAUGGAACUGGAGACAACAAUUGCCCGUCUUCCAAUUUUGAUCCAAACCUUCCGAAGAAAUUUAGAAAUUCAAACAAAGUCGGCAGAAUGUCCACACAAAGCUGCCAUCACAGAACCUUCAACUGAUUGGGAAAAUGCACGUCCAUUCAAUGAAAUUCCGGGGCCAACAAAGUUUGAAAUUAUUCGAGGUUUUAUGCCUGGUGGUGAUUAUUACAAAAAACCGGUAACGGAUUUUUUCAAUGCUCUGAGACAGAAUUAUGGAGAUUUUUUGGUGCUUCCAGGCAUGUUUGGUAAGAAAGCGAUUAUAAUGACGUAUGAUCCGAACAUAUUCCGGGAUGUUUUCCGAAACGAGGGUAUUUGGCCAUCGAGGAGAAAUUUCGAUUCGGCUUUUUACUAUCGCAAUGUCUAUAAGAAGGAAUACUUUCGUGGAAAUGAGGGGCUUAUAAUGACGUCCGGUGAAAGUUGGGGUAAAUUUCGAACAGCUGUCAAUCCAAUAUUAAUGCAACCCAAAAACGCCAAACAGUAUCUGACAAAAAUGAUACCUGUCAACAAUGAAUUUUUACAAAGAAUUCGAGAAAUACGUGAUCCAAACACUCUUGAAAUGCCUGAAAACUUUUUAGACGAAAUAAAUCGUUUAACUUUCGAGUCGGUAGCCGUUAUAGCCCUCGAUCAGGAGCUUGGUUUCAUUCGAAAAAAUCGCGAUGCUCCCGAAGUAGCUGAACUCUUUCGAAGUUUAAAUAGAUUCUUUGAUUUGGCUUAUGAACUUGAUAUUCAGCCUUCGAUUUGGAAAAUUAUAAAAACUCCAAAAUUCUACGAAAUGAUGAGGGUCAAUGAUAAAAUGUUUAACAUAACCAAGAAAUUCAUCGACGAUGCUUUGGAACGCUUCGAAAAGAAUCCAAAUUCAGAAGAUGAUAACUACCAAAAGAGUGUCGUCGAAAAAUUGGCUGAAAAGGAUAAGUUAGUUGCAGUUGUGAUGGCAAUGGAUAUGAUGUUGGCAGGUGUUGAUACGACAACCACAACUUUGACAGGAACACUUUUUGGUAUUGCCAAAAACCCUGAAAAACAAGAAAAACUCCGCAAAGAGAUCCGUUCGAUUUUACCAAAAAAAGACUCGGUACCGACAUUGGAAAGCAUGAAAAAUCUACCAUAUUUGAGGGCUUCAAUUAAAGAAGGUAUCCGCUUGUAUCCCAUCGGACCGGGAACAGUUCGUACGAUGCCUAAGGAUAUCGUUUUGAAUGGAUAUCAAAUUCCAAUGAACACAGAUGUGGCCAUGGCCAAUAAUUAUAUUUUAAAAGAGUCCAAAUAUUUCCCCCAACCUGAGGAAUUCAUUCCCGAACGUUGGCUUCGAACUGAAGAAGGUGAUGCUUUUAAGGCAGACGAAGUCAAUCCUUUUGUCUAUCUACCAUUUGGAUUUGGACCUAGAAGUUGUGCCGGAAAGAGAAUUGUUGAUUUGGAAUUGGAACUGACAGUUAUGAGAUUGGUUAGAAAUUUCAAUAUUGAAUUCAAUUAUUCGAUUGAAAAUGCAUUUGACACUCAAUUCAUAACUCGGCCGGCUAUUCCGUUGAAGUUUAAAUUCAGUGAAAUAAAUGAUUAGAUAUUGAUACAUG